UACACUAGAUUUGAUUAGCUACCAUUUUUGACUCGGAAGUAAAAAUGUACCCAAUGAAAAUGCCAUUUACAAGUGCCGCCGCGAUAUUUGAAGUAUUGCGGUAGUAAAAAUGGCCGAUUCCGGGAGUACUCGGCAAGAUGAUGUAACUAUGAAAAUUGUUUUAGUUGGGGAGGAUACACAUAACUUGGAAGAUGUUGCUAGGAAAAUUAAAGGCGUUUCAGAAAUUUACAAAUCCGAGACAGGACUUGAAUUUGUCAAAGACGCAUGUGAGUGUGAAUUGUCCUUUGUGCUGGGAAACUUUGAAGGUGAACUGUUUACCAAAUUGCAUCGUGCUCAAGUCAGAAUCAUAGGCCCUCCAAUAAUUCAUAGAUGUGUACGAGAUAGUUUGCCACUGCCUUUAAAUGUUCGCCCUUUAUUCACUUGGUCCAUGCAGGAUUUGGUGGUUUGUUUUACUGGGUUUAAAAACAAAGCUAAAUUGAUUUGGCUUGUUGAUCAUGUUCACUAUAUGGGAGGUAGCGUUAGAAAAGAUGAGAGCAUUAAAAUUACUCACAUGGUGGCCAACAUCACUCACGGUCGCAAAUAUAGGUAUGCAGUAAACAUGGGCAAGCCUAUAAUGAGUGAAGAUUGGAUCAACAGGUUGUGGUCAGAUCGCAUUGAUAUUGAUUCCACUGCUGAUCAUCCAAAGAUGAUUGCUUACAGAAUGAAACCCUUCUAUGAAUGUUGUCUCAGUUUUUUGGGGUUUUCUGCUGAAGAACAGAGACAUAUGGAGGAACUUACUAUUGAGAAUGGUGGAACCUUUGCAGAACCAGGGAAUGAAGACACUACCCACUUGGUGAUAGAUGAUCAGAACAUUAAAGAAGUCCCACAAGAUAUUACUGUCACUGCUAAAGUAUUUUUAGUCCGAGGGGAGUGGUUCUGGGGUUGUAUUCAAAUGGCAGCAUGUGCAGAUGAGCAAAUCUAUACAUUUGAAAAGAUGUCCACACCUGCUAGGUAUCAACGCAACAAUAAUGCGAUGGCCAAAAAUCGCAAAAGGAAACGAUUGCAAGAACUGGUGGCUGAAACAGAAGGCUCACCUUUUAUGGCAUACAAACGGCGCUCAUCCUCUACAGAUAUUAGUGCCACAUCCAUGAGUCCAGACUCCUUCUUAGACUUGACCUACACUCCAGACAAAUCUGACACUUUACUAGCGGAACUAAAAUUAGAGAAUAAAGAAGAUGGUGGAAAAUACAGUAAACGACGUAUGGUGGUUAUGGAAUUAUUACAGACAGAACAAAACUACGUCGGUAUCCUACAAACUAUCUUAAAUACAUUCAAAGCACAAAUAGAAAAACCAGAUCAGUAUAAUGGACCUAUUCUAGCCCAACAAGACACAAAGAUCAUCUUUGGUAAUAUCCCUCCAAUUUAUGAGGCCCACUGCAAGCUGAGGGAUUCAUUGCUGUAUUUGGUAGAGCACUGGUCAGAAAACAACAGCAUUGGUGAUUGUCUUCUUAAACGGGCUGAUGAAUUGAUGAAAGCAUAUCCCCCCUUUGUAAAUUUUUUUGAAAAUACCAAAGAAACAAUUCAGAAAUGUGAUCACUCAAAUCCUAGAUUUCAUGCUUUUUUGAAGUUGUGCUUGAGUAAACCAGAAUGUGGCAGACAGUCAUUGCAAGAAUUACUUAUUCGUCCAGUCCAAAGAUUGCCAAGUAUUGUUUUGUUGUUACAAGAUUUAUUAAAGCGUACAGAUGCAAGCAAUCCUGACAAGGUGAAACUAGAGCAGGCCAUUGAGAAAGUGAAAAACAUAAUGACACACAUCAAUGAGGAUAAAAGGAAAACAGAAAGUCAAGUGGUUAUGUUUGAUAUUGUUAACGAUAUAGAUAAUUGUCCAGCAACACUUUUGUCAGCUAAUCGCCAUUUUGUGAUGAAAGUGGAUGUGAUGGAGCUGUCUGGGAACCUUUCAUCUCGUGGAGAUCCUUUGACUUUAUUUGUUUUCUCUGACAAUGUUGAGAUCUGCAAGAGGAGGAUGAAAAUCUUAGGGUCCACUUCACGCAGCCCUGCAAUUCAGAAUCACAAAACUCCACAGAAAGCCUACAAACAUUUGGAAAUGAUUUCUAUGACUUCCAUCAAAAGAGUGUUGGAUGUGGAUGAAACUGAAGACUGUAGACUGGCAUUUGGUUUGAUCUGUAAAGACAGUGCCCAGACAAAGGAAAAAUUGUACAGCUUCACAUUGGCAAUGGAUGAUAUUUCCAAAAAUGAAGUUCUCACAUGUAUCUGUAAAAACUUAGCUAUCGUACUGUGUCGACCUGACAUUGAGACAUUCUUAGCUAAAGUCAACGGAGAGGAACUUAACAUUAAUACUAAAGAUCUUCACAAAGGAAACAAGGCAUUAAAAUUCAGUCGCAGAGUCAGUCGAGCAUUCUCCUUUAACAAAACUCCCAGCAAGCUGAAGAGAGCAGUGUCAGGUAUGGUCCAUGGUUUGAGUCCAUUUGUCAGGGACUCCAAACAGUUCAAUGGCACUGGAGUUCGUAAACUUGCCAGCACUUUUGAUUUGACUGAAAGACUUGAUGAUGAUAGUGAUACUAUGAGUCUGGGAGCCUACUCUUUGCAGGAGGAAGGCAUCUCACCAAGUACAUCCAUCAUAGGCUCACCUCAACGAUUAUCCAAACCUAGUCACAUUUUUGUCACACCUUCAAAGUCAGCGGCUAAAGCUGUGAAGACCCCCAAAUGGGCCACCAUUGGGCCCAGUUCUGCCAGUAAAACAAAGUAUUUGUAGUUGUCUGCUGGUGUAAUACACAUGCUCUGAACACUUUUAGAUUAUAAUAUACUCUCAUGAAGCACGUACAAGAUUUGUUUUUUUACAAGGAGUUUCAGGAACAUUUUCAUGAUGAUUGUAAUUAAUGGACUAUCAUCUUGGAAGACAGAAAGAGGUCUUAAUUUUUCAAAGCAUGCAAUUAAAAUAAUUUCUACACUGAGGUUUAAACAAACCACUUUUAAAUUCAGGGACUAACCACAAAUAAGGAACAUUAUCAUUUUUUGUUAGCAAUAGCUUGCUUCUGGCAAGGGGUAAGUCUUGUGAUCAGAAAGAGGUUAAAUGCUGUUGAAUGUGUGGUUAUGUGUGAAAGUGUUGAUGAACAGAGAAGCCUUACACAUGUUGAUCUGUAAUCACUUGUAUUUUUAUGUGCAUAAUGUGUAUUAUAUAUUGAACAGUGUUAAGUUGUAAAUAUAUGGAUAAAUGAUCACUGGGUGCGUAGAAUGUCAAUCAGUCCCUUACAGCUAUUGAGCCACUGAUAUAUAUAUAUAUAAAUAGAACCACACUAAAGCUGUAUGGCCCCAUUUUUUCACUCUUACUCAUCGCCUUCGAUCAUACAAACCCUUUUUUUUUUUAAAUUGUUAGUUAACUUGAAAGGAGAUGCUUACUUUUUUUUUCUGUUAAAUUCUAAUCAUUUUUUUUGAAAUUCUAUACAAAUAAUGCAUCUUUGAUGCCUAAUGGUGUGUAUAGUUUAUUUCAUUUAAUAGUAGUUUAAAUGACAUACAUGUUCAGAUAUCUGUUGAAAAUCCUGAUUCUUUCAAGCAGCUCCUGUACUGAGACUACAGCUACUUUAUCAAUGUUAUUGAAUUGUUUGACCCUAGAUCUGUUGUAUAUAUUCAUGUUUGACAUUUAGAUCUACAUUCCAUCUUUCUUUUAAAUCUUGAUCUUUCUGCAUUUUAAUUUGUCUCUGUUUCACUCUCCUUACGGACCAGACCAUACAAAUGUUCUAGUUUAUUUUUUUAUUUUUUUUUGAAGGAGGGAAAGAAAACAAAAAUAACCAAAUUAUGAGCUCUAGAUUACAAUAUUUCAACCAUGUCAGCUCACACAGCAGUAUUAAGAAUAUUAUCUGUCUGCUCUUCUCUUCCCAAUAUGAUCCUUAUUUCUCCUUUGGUAUUUGUCUACUGGUAUGUAAGCAGAAGACUGGUACAUCUUUCACACAGAAAUACAGUAAUGGCACCCUUUAUAGGAGUGUAUCAACUGCUAACCUAAUCUCUUCCCUUCACUUGGUUAUGGGAGAGUUGCUGAACAAACCCACGGAGAAGUGACAUUAGUACAUCACUAGUCUAUCACUUUCCAAUUGUCAAGAAACACAUUUGCUCUAAGAUGCAGAUUUCUCACCCAUCUUGGAAUUUUAAAAAAAUGCAUUUAAGGUUUGAAAAACUCAGUAUAUUGUUGUUUAACUACAUCUUUUAUCCAUUAGCUCCUACUAAUAUGUAUCUAAAGCAUCCAUUAAUAACACUAGACUUCAAUGGUUGUUACCUUUAAUCAAGAACAGUAUUGUAAAUAUAUUGAAUUCUAUGGUGCCUUCAAAUUCUUGUUUUGUAUCAAUAAAAAUGGAGUCUAUUAUUUAUAUUGUACAUUUCUAUAAAAGUAAAUGGAAAAAUUUGGUUAGCAGUAAAGAAUUUCAUGUCAAAACAAAAUGUUGUAACAACUUAGAGUGGUGUAAAUCCCGAUUCAACCUGAAACAUUUACCUUCGACUUUUUGAAGAAAUAAUUCUAUUAAUAAUGACUAUGCUUCUUGUAGAGCAUUUGGACAUUAUACUGUAUAAUUAAAGAAUGAAAUGGUCUAGUUUUGGAAAUCUUGGCUGCUUUAUUUACCAUAAGAGCAUAUAUUGGUGGUGGGGGGGGGGGGGGGUUGUUAAUGCUUGGAUAUUCCUGAUAAGAAUUAAUUUCUCAUGUUUCUGUGUAUUUGACAUGAUUCUACUCAGUUACCAUACUCUCAUUGUUCAGUCAGUCUUACUAUGCUGUCUCUGUAUUUGUAUUAUGCAAGACUAAAUAACUAACAUAUCUGAGACAUUCUAAGGCUCAUGUUUUUGAAUAUCUAUUUGUAUUUACUUGAACUAAUGGUUGUGCUAAUUGUAAUAACUUACCCAUUUUGCUUUAACAUGGAUUCAAAUAACUGCUGCCACCCGUUAUUUCUGAUACAUUUUUGUUUUUAAACUGAACAAGACGGAAAUGUUUAUUUAGACUAGCUGUACCUAAACACAUGCAAUCAUG